UACAUGUGUGUAUGUAGUACUAUAUGACGAUUACAUUAUUUGUGGCAUGAGCAGCGCGGAGUAGCGCCUGCAGUGGCUGCUGGUGUACUACACGGCACUGAUCUAUAUAAUAUUCCCACUGACAUAUAGGUAUACUACCUGCACAGACAGGCGCACACGCAUAUGUUACUUUUGCAAAAGAAAAAGUAGAGACCAGCGGAGUGUCCGAACGGAGUUGCGCACCCGCGACUCCACGUCGUUGUUGGCUGUUGCUGCACACCACUCGUUGCGGAUUUCAGCUAAUUGUAAACUUGAUCGCUUCUCCAGUCGACGAGUUACAUACGCAGGUUUAUCUUUCUAUUUUACAUAUUUGCAUGAGUGUGCGUGCGAGUGCGGGACCUCUACGAGAAGAAGGCACGUUCGAAAACGUCAACAAUUGCCAAAUAAUGAAGAAUUCGCAGCGUGUUAAUGAGUGUGUGUGACUUGGUACGAGCAUCGUUGCAACGACACUCACAUACACGCGCGUUCAUGUCAACUGCGUGCAUGAGAGAGCUAAUAAUAAUCGCGCAACAGUGCAGACUUGUACAGUGUCAAAGACAAACGUCCAGCUGCAAACGCACAACUCGACGUUGCGCUUCGUACUGCAGCAACCUCGAGCUCUCAGACUCGUCAGCUGGAGGAAAGAGUCAAGCUCCCAAGGCGCCGUAGGCGUAGCAACGCCUGGUGCUGGCCCAGACGAAAGCGCAAGUCCUCGAACUCGUCUUCGUCGGCUGCUGCCUUAGCUUCAGCAACAGCAGCGGCAACGACAGCAACAGCCCUUGCUAAUAAUCGUUUGCAACGAUUAAGACGACAAUCUAAGACAACGGCCAACACUAUGGCCGCUAACAACACUCUCUUGGCAGCAUCAUUAGCUGCUAACAUUGCCUCUACGACUCCCAGUACUGUGAGCGAUGUCAAACUUCAAAAUGCUGGUGGCAAGAAGGGCUGGCUCUUUAAGUGGACUAACUAUCUUAAGGGCUAUCAAAGGAGGUGGUUCGUUCUUUCUGAUGGCAAGCUUUCUUACUACAGGGCCGAACCGACGGGGGGUCUAAAGAUUUCGACGAGACGCAAGCGGAGAGCUGGCAGAGCCUCCGAAAAUCCAGGAGAAAUGUCGCACACGUGUCGAGGUACCAUAAUGCUGCACGGCGCCCUCAUACACACCGUCGACGCGAGUACCUUCGUCGUGAGUAACGGCGGCACCCAAACGUUUCACAUCAAAGCCGCGACAGAGGUCGAGCGCCAAGAAUGGGUCACCGCACUCGAACUCGCCAAGGCCAAAGCUAUACAAGCCAUGGAAACAGAAGAGGAAGAAGACGAGUUUCAGGAGAGCGAGAAUCAAAGGGGCGACGGACACGUCUCGACGCAAAUCAAAGAUCUGACUAAGAAACUGGAAACGCUGCAGAACUGGAACGAUUUGCUGACGAAGCGCGGCACUAUGCUGCAGCGAGCCCUUGGCGAGCUCGAGACCCUCGAAGCGUUGAGUCCCGAAGCCACUGCCAAGAUCAAAGUCGUCAACGAGAAAGCGGCGCAGUUCAAAAUUGCCGCUAGCGCUAUGAUCAAGUCCAGCGACGAGUAUCUGACGCUAGCUCAGCAGCAGGAGCCCAAGUGGAAGCGCAUGCUGCAGCACGAGCGCGACCAAAAGGUGCGCAUCGAAAAAAUGGUCGAGCAGUUGGCACGACAGCAUUCGCAUCUCGAGGAAGCGGCACAGCACGCACUGCCACCUCCUGCGCUCGCGUCGCAUCGAUCCAGCCACGUUGGAGCGAACACGUCACCGAGCGAAGACGACGAAGACAACGCGGAAUUCUACGACGCGCAGGAGAGCGGUGACACGUUUACACUGAGCUUGCAGCCGGCCGAGGAGGAAGCAGUCGAGCGAGCCGAGCGCGAGCGCAACGAUUCGCAGGCCAGUGACGAUGGCUCGUCCAGCGAAGGCGAUCCUAACAAUCUUCUCUCGACCAAUCAAUCCGACUCGUAUCUCUCUUUGACCAGCGAACAGCAGCGCGAGCAACAGCAACAGCAGCAACAGCAGCAAUUGGUACCUAAAUCCCCUACUGGCACUAGCGAAGUCGACGCAACGGCUUGGCAAUCGAACAAUGGCAGUAACGUGGUUGGCGUGUCCGGGCUGAGCUCGAGCACGACGCCGACCUCGACGGCCGUGGUCAAGCGCAAGCGACGCACGCGUGUCCCCGACAAACCCGAGUAUCCGCUCAAUCUCUGGAGCAUAAUGAAGAACUGCAUUGGCAAGGAGCUGUCUAAGAUACCGAUGCCUGUAAAUUUUUCCGAGCCGCUCAGUAUGCUCCAGCGACUCACCGAGGAUUAUGAAUACGCGGAGAUUCUCGACAGAGCUGCGGAGUGUACGGAUAUUUGCGAGCAGAUGGCCUACGUAGCUGCAUUCACAGUGUCGGCCUAUUCGACCACAGCUUCGCGCACGGGUAAGCCGUUCAAUCCGCUUCUCGGCGAAACGUACGAAUGCGAUCGUACCGACGACCUUGGUUGGCGCGCUGUGUCCGAGCAAGUCUCGCAUCAUCCGCCGAUGGUCGCCCAGUACUGUGAAGGCCGUGCCUGGAGAUGUUGGCAGGAGUUCACCAUGUCGUCCAAAUUUCGUGGCAAGUACUUGCAGAUCAUUCCUCUUGGCACGGCACAUCUGGAAUUCAAAAAUGGUCAGAGUCACUACACGUGGCGCAAAGUUACAACGACUGUGCAUAACAUCAUUGUCGGCAAGCUUUGGGUUGAUCAGAGCGGUGACAUGGACAUAGUUGAUCACAAGCAGGGUAUCAAGUGCCAUCUAAAAUACAUACCUUAUUCCUAUUUCUCUCGAGACAGUCAGAGAAAAGUCAAAGGUGUCGUUAUGAACGCCGAAAAAGAAGUCAAGUGGGUAAUUCAAGGUACCUGGGAUACAAAGAUUGAAAUUGCUCCAGUGAUCAGUACUUCGGGUAGUCCCGAUAAUCCAGUUUACAAAACCGGCCCUUAUGUUUGCGCUUGGAAACGACGCAUGCCAGCGGAAGAUUGCGACAAGUUUUAUUACUUUACGGAAUUAGCUUGUCAGCUAAAUGAACCCGAGGACAAUACGGCGCCGACGGAUUCGCGCCUGCGUCCAGAUCAGCGUCUCAUGGAAAAUGGUCAAUGGGAUGAAGCUAAUACCGAAAAACUACGUCUGGAAGAAAAACAACGCGCGGUACGCAGGGCCCGUGAAAACGAAGUAGAACAACUAGCCGCACAAGGUAUACCGUACACGGGAUACGAACCGAUCUGGUUCAAAAAACAACACGAUCACUUCACGGACAGUUUGUGCCACAUGUACAGCGGUCAGUAUUGGGACUGUAAGAGCAAACAGGACUGGACACGGUGUCCGAACAUUUUUUAGUUCAGCUCGUAUUGAAAAAUCAUACAUGUGUUGAUUCGUUAACUUUUUUUUAAUCGACAUGCAAUCAUGUACCGCCCAGCAAUUGCUAAUGUAAACAUUUUAAAAGACGUAAACUCAGUGAUACCCGAUAUUGCGAUACUAUCGCUUCAAUAAAUCAUAGAUUGUAUGUUUCAAAAAACAGUACCAUUUAGUAACAUGUUUAUGCGGACGGAUCAACUGCGCUGCAAAGCCGCGCGUAACAUUCACUGCUUUUUCAAUCAAAACCGAGUCAAUAGUAGGGCUAAUUUUUUUAUGAACGUUUGCACCAAACAAACUGAUUUGAGAAGUGAAUAUAUUUACUAUUUAAAUAGAAAGAAUUUAUUAUGAGUGAUGUUAAAAAUGAAGAAGUUGAAAAGUAAUGUACACUAAAUGUCAUGAAAUAUCAACGAUUAUUUAUGAUUUUCUUGUAAAAAAGUCAAUCUUUCGUUGUCUCUUUACUAUUCAAGACUUCUUUCUUACACUUAAUAUAUAUUUUUUCAAAAAAUAUUUCAAUUAAUUUUAAGGAUAAAUCCUUAAAAAAUAUCACUGCGAGAAUUGUACAGACUUGACAUUAAAGAGUGUAGUAAAGCUAGGCUUUCUCAUUUAGUAUUAAUGCCAAUUAAUUUGUGUACUAAAUGAGAAUAAAAGCUACCCCAUUGAAACUCACGCUAGGGCUUCUAUAUUUUUGAAAUCGCAAGCUUUUUAAUUUGAACCGCAGCUCAAGUUCUGAAAAAAAUUAUUCGAAGUUGUGUACAUUAUGAGCUGCGUUUGUAACUUAAAUAUAAUUUUUGAAUAGGUUUGUUGAAGUUUAUUAAAAUGAUUAUUACUCAAAGUUAAAA